AUGACGAUAUUUUUAGGUUCCAUGGUCAAUAUUAUCUCCGAUAAUUUCUCAUUCCUCAUGAGUUCUGCCGGAAUUCCCAUCAUUAUCUUUGCGAGUUUCACUUGGUACAAUGUUGGAAAUUUUAACUCUGCGAGUAAAUUGUUACACUUUAAGCUGACAAAACUUUUGUAUCGUUCUCGAACUUGUAAUUAUCGUUUCUCGACACCAAAUUUAAAGACUUUCGAGAUACUUGAUCGACUUAAUAAUCCAGAAAUCGGUAUUCCAGUCGGUGAUUUUUUCGUAGUGAAAAGAGACAUCAUUGUUUCUUUUGUCUUGGAAAAUUGUAGUAUGAUUAUGUUAUUUGCUUGCAAUUUAAAUUCGGUUAUCGUAUCUCAUCAAUAGUGAGCAAAUGGUCAAGAAAAACUGGACAUCCAAUGGUAUUGGAAAUCUUAAUGUGUUU